UGAAUUAUUCACGUUUCAGGGACAGCGAAGGCAAAAGAAAGAGCACACCGGGAAAAUCACUUUUAACAACAGAAGGGAAUCGAAGUGCUCAGGUUCUCGCCGGAGAGGAAAUAAUGCGGUGCUAACGGUUUUAACUUAAUCCCAUAGCCCGUGUGGAGCUCGAGCGUGCGAGACUCCUUGAAACUAGGGCACAGACGAAACUAUUGAACGGCACGCGCGGCGGAGUUGUACUCUACCUGAAAAAGUCCCUGCUGCUCUGCGAUUCCAAAUUCUGAACCGAUCUAUCUCUUCGAUCAGUGUUCUGAUUCCAGAUAAAGAGAGAGAUGUGGGUGUUUUACCUGAUCUCGUUGCCUCUAACAACUGGCAUGGUGCUUCUCACGCUUAGAUACUUCGCUGGCCCUGAGGUUCCACGAUAUGUGCUUUUCACCGUUGGAUAUACAUGGUUCUGUUCUCUCUCCAUCAUCAUCCUCGUCCCCGCUGACAUUUGGGCGACUAUGUCUUCUAACCAUGAGAACGGAGGUAUUUCUUUCUUCUGGAGCUGGUCGUAUUGGAGUACGUUUUUGCUUACAUGGGCUGUGGUGCCCCUUAUUCAGGGUUUUGAAGAUGCAGGGGAUUUUACCGUAUCAGAAAGAUUGAAGACAAGUGUACAUGUAAACUUGAUAUUCUAUCUAAUUGUGGGAUCCAUUGGCCUUUUUGGACUUAUCCUUCUCAUUAUGAUGCACAAAACAUGGGAUGGAGGUCUUUUGGGAUUUGCCAUGGCUUGCUCAAAUACUUUUGGACUUGUUACUGGUGCAUUUCUUCUUGGCUUUGGUUUAAGUGAAAUUCCUAGAAGCAUUUGGAGAAAUGCUGAUUGGACCACCCGCCAGAAAGUUCUUUCCCACAAAAUUGCUCAAAUGGCUGUCAAACUGGAUGAUGCUCAUCAAGAACUUUCAAAUGCCAUUGUUGUAGCUCAAGCAACAUCCAAGCAGAUGUCCAAGCGUGAUCCUUUGAGACCUUAUAUGAAUGUCAUUGAUGAUAUGCUAAACCAAAUGUUUAGGGAAGAUCCUUCCUUCAAACCACAGGGUGGUCGAUUAGGGGAAAACGAUAUGGAUUAUGAUACAGAUGAAAAGUCAAUGGCAACCCUAAGGCGUCAUCUUCGGGGAGCUCGUGAGGAGUAUUACAGAUAUAAAAGUGAGUAUAUGACUUAUGUAUUGGAGGCCCUUGAAUUGGAAGAUACAAUAAAGAAUUAUGAACGCCGGAACUCAACUGGAUGGGAAUAUCAUUCUAGCAUUAGACCUGUUCGGACUGGCAAGUUGGGCUCCCUGUUUGAUACUUUAGAAUUUUUCUGGAAAUGCAUUUUAAGGAAACAAGUUGAGAAAGCCUUGGCUGUUGUACUCGGUAUCAUGUCUGUUGCAAUUCUUUUAGCAGAGGCAACUCUUUUGCCUAGCGUUGAUCUGUCACUUUUUUCCAUUCUUGUAAAAUCUGUUGGAACACAGGAGUUCCUUGUGCAGGUGUUUGCUUUUGUUCCUCUCAUGUACAUGUGCAUCUGCACAUACUAUUCCUUGUUCAAAAUUGGAAUGUUGAUGUUUUACUCACUGACACCCAGUCAGACCAGCUCAGUUAACUUGCUUAUGAUAUGCUCGAUGGUUGCUCGUUAUGCUCCUCCUGUCUCAUACAACUUUCUCAAUCUCAUUCGCCUUGGUGAUAAAACAACCAUAUUUGAGCAGCGAAUGGGGAACAUUGACAAAGCUGUCCCCUUCUUUGGAGAUAAAUUUAACAAAAUCUAUCCACUUAUUAUGGUUAUAUACACUCUUUUGGUCGCAAGCAACUUCUUUGAUAAAGUAUUUGAUUUUCUGGGGAGCUGGAAGAGAUAUAUUUUCAAAACUGAAGCUGAAGAUAUGGAUGGUUUUGAUCCAUCAGGAGUAAUUAUUUUGCAAAAGGAACGGUCUUGGCUUGAAGAAGGACGCAAAGUUGGGGAGCAUGUUGUUCCACUUGCGAGGAAUUUCAAUAGUAUUGACAUUGAAUCAGGCAACAAUUUGAUGUUUACGACGUUUGUGGCUACUACUCCUUUCUUUUGGUAAUACUGUUUACUCAUCGUAUACCUUUUAUUUAUUCAGGAGAGGAACGAUACUGAAAUGAAGACCACUUCCAAUUUAAUUACAGAAGAAACACAUAGAAGUCUGUCCAAAACAUCGAGGGAAGAUACAAGCAGAUAUGGCUCGAGCAGGGAAGCUAUCAGCAACAAGUAUGCUGCCAUUAGAGAGCAGGGUGGGCCAGCAUCUAAGUUAAAGGCAGAAGAGAAGAAAUCUGCUGAUUCCGUGCUUGAUGAAGGCAAUACUAGUUCUACUGAUUCAGCUAGAGUGUCAUCUUCAGGUUUGGUUUCGACGUGGCAAACAAUGAAGACAGGCUUUCAGAAUUUCAAGGUCAACAUAGGGGCCAAAAAGUUUUUACCCCUAAGGCAAAUACAGGAAAAUAAUAUCUCUCACGAUUCCUCCUCUGAAUCCCUUGAUGAGAUAUUUCUAAGACUCAAACGACCAUCUCUAGACCAAACUAAUUACAAUGACGAGCACUAAGAUGGAGGUUAAUACUCCUGGAAUGAUAUCCAUCGUUUGGUUAGCACUUUCUAGGAUUGGGAAUGCAGGUCCAUAUUAUAAUGUACAGUAAUGGGCAAAUUUUGAAUGUUGUAGUUAGAAAAUAACAAUAUACUUAAUUCUCCCAUGCAGCCCAACGGGGGAAAAUAUUGAGCAACACAAACUCCUAUACGUACAAAUCAAUCUCACACAAAAGCUUGCUGAUUCUUAGAACGAAUACUUCAAAUUGCACCAGUGGACUGUGUCACCGAUGUUUUAAUGUUUUGCUGGUUUCAAUUCAUAAUUUCAUUCCACUGAUUAUUUGUAUCCAAUUGUACUAGUUUUGUAACAUGUCUUUUAACAUUUUGGUAGCGAAUAUAGUUCAUGUUCUUUCUUCUUCCUUGAUAUAUAAAACACAAAAAUAGUCUUUUUCUUUUG